GUUGUUUGGCACAAAGAAGAAGUGACUGUCAAAGAGUCUGAACGUAUCAAAUUACGCUUCGAGGGUGAUCAGUGCUCACUGGAUAUCACUGAAACGCAACCAUCCGAUACUGGAUUAUAUACGGCCAAAGCGUCGAACACGUUCGGUGAGGCGACAAAUUUCUGUCGUCUUACCGUAUCCUCUCCAAUGCGUGCCGCACCUCCGCCGACUCCGCCGAAGCCGAAACCGAUAUCAAUAGCGCCGUCAUUUGUGCCGCCUCUUAGUAAUCAACAUCUUCGAGAGGGACAACGUGCUAUGCUCCAG